AAAUGAACACACAGCACGAUCAUUCAUUCCUACAUUUCUUCUCUCCGUCUUCUGUUUUUUAAAAAACCAUAGAGAAACAUGACUAUAACGCUGCGAUCUUCGACUUCUUUUAUCAGUCUAAGACACACCAGAAGCCUCAAAACUCCUGAUGGUUUUUCCGGCACUGUUUGCUUUGCGCAAAUCAAGCCAUCAUGCCGUCUUCAAGCAAAGAACUCAAAGCAAGAAGCACAGCUUUCGCAAGAUGAUAUCCUGGUGACAGAAGGAAGGAAGAGCAAGAAUUGGGAGAAACUACAUGCAAUAUCAGGUCCUGAUCAUAGCAGCAGCAACUCUAGAGUGCCCGUGUUUGUGAUGCUGCCACUUGACACAGUAACAAUCGGAGGGAAUUUGAACAAGCCAAGAGCAAUGAAUGCUAGCUUGAUGGCCUUGAGAAGUGCAGGAGUCGAAGGAGUAAUGGUGGAUGCUUGGUGGGGAUUGGUAGAGAAAGAUGGACCUUUAAAAUACAACUGGGAAGGGUAUGCGGAGCUUGUGCAGAUGGUGCAGAAGCAUGGCCUGAAGCUUCAAGUUGUUAUGUCCUUUCAUCAGUGUGGAGGAAAUGUCGGAGAUUCUUGCAGCAUUCCCCUACCUCCGUGGGUGCUUGAAGAGAUGAGCAAAAACCUUGAUCUUGUCUACACAGACAAGUCAGGUCGGAGGAAUCCUGAGUACAUUUCCUUGGGCUGUGACUCAUUGCCAUUGCUAAGAGGAAGAACACCCAUACAGGUCUACAGUGAUUACAUGAGGAGCUUCCGCAACAGAUUCAAAGAUUACCUAGGACAAGUUAUCACGGAAAUUCAAGUGGGGAUGGGUCCAUGUGGAGAACUGAGAUAUCCAGCUUAUCCAGAAAGCAAGGGCACAUGGAACUUUCCUGGAAUUGGGGAAUUCCAAUGUUAUGACAAGUACAUGAGAGCUUCACUGGAAGCCUCAGCUGAAGCAGUUGGAAAGACAGGCUGGGGACAACGUGGACCCCAUGAUUCCGGCCAGUAUAAUCAAUUUCCUGAAGAAACUGGAUUUUUCAGGAGGGAUGGAACAUGGAACACUGAAUAUGGACAGUUCUUCUUAGAAUGGUACUCAGGGAAGCUACUAGAGCAUGGUGACAAAAUCCUAGCGGCUGCAGAAGGAAUAUUUCGAGGAACUGGAGCAAAAUUAUCGGGAAAAGUAGCAGGAAUUCACUGGCAUUACGGAACGAGGUCUCACGCAGCAGAACUAACUGCAGGAUACUAUAAUACUAGACAUCAUGAUGGAUACCUACCAAUGGCACGGAUGUUCAGUAAACAUGGAGUUGUGUUCAAUUUCACCUGCAUGGAAAUGAGAGAUGGGGAGCAACCACAACAUGCAAAUUGCUCUCCAGAAGGAUUAGUGCGGCAAGUGAAGAUGGCUACAAGGACUGCUAGGACUGAACUUGCAGGAGAGAAUGCAUUGGAGAGGUAUGAUGCAGGUGCAUUUUCACAAGUUAUGGCAACGAGUAGAUCAGAAUCUGGCAAUGGAUUGACUGCAUUUACAUAUCUAAGAAUGAAUAAGAGGUUGUUUGAAGGGGACAACUGGCUGCAUUUAGUGCAGUUUGUUGAAAGCAUGUCAGAGGGAGGUCGCCACGGAAAACUAUCAGAAUGUGACUCCAGUGGAACUAACCUUUACGUUGGCUUUAUCAAAGACAAGAGCGUUCAGAAAACUACGGAAGUUGCUCUGGCAUAAAAAAAGAAGAGUGUAUCUUCAUGUAAAACACCAAAUAGCUCAAUGUAUUAGAGGUAAAAAAGUAGAAAUAAAAUCACCAUACCUUUGGCAUGACCUGCCAAACUCUGAGAUGAUUGUAUAGAAGAAUCAAAACCUGUAUCUAUAUCUCCAUGCCCACCAACGGAGAAUAAAUUCUUAUAAGCUAAUGUUGUAUCGGCCAAGAUUAUAGAAAGCUAAAAGACGACUCGUCAUUUUUGGGUGAGCCAAAGA